UUUAAUAAAAUUUCAACACAAAAAGAUUUAAAAUUUUCUUUUCACACAUUUAAUUUUGUGAAAAUAAUAAAAAUCGAACAAAUUUGUUAAAAAAAAAAUUAUCAAGUGUUUUCUCAUUGCAAAGUUUAAAAGUGUUAAACUAAUAGACAACAUUUUGAUUGUUAUAAAAAACCUACAGCUCUCAUCUCACCUGUCAAAAGUGAUUUAAUGGAUUAUUUACUUUUUCAAAUUUUUGAAAUUUUCAACAAAACAGCCCUCAUAUCAUAUUUAACGGAUUAAAUGUUUUGAUACUGCUGUAAAAACAUUAAAAUUAUUAAUUAUAGAUAAAAAUGCACUUUUUAUUGGAUAUUUUGUGUGUCUCCCAGCAAUAAUAAUUCGAAAAACGAAUACAAGGUUGUCAUCAUUUACCACACACAACAACAACAGAAACAUCAACGAACCCAAUUUCAACGUUAAAAUAGAAAAUUGUGUGUAUUUUGCGAAAGAGAUAUAAAAAAUUUUAUAAAUGUAUAAAAUUUAUAUUAUCAGAUUUUAAUUGAAAACGUGCUUAAUUUUUUGAAAAGCAAACUCGAAAAAUACACAUAAAAAAAAUUACUCUCCGAUAGCAGAAGGGGGAAAAAACCCAUAUAGAAAACUAUCGUCAUGACAGUUAAACUGGCCAAACUGUUUGGUACAUCCACAACAAGUAACAAUUCAUCAGCACAAGUGCCACCACCUUUGCCGCCACCAAAUCCGGCACCAGUUUACAAUUAUUAUAAUCAUCCACAGUUGCAACAAAAAUUGCAAAAGCCUUAUAAUCCUUAUAUGGAUGAUGAUGACGAUGAUAAUAUGUCUUUGUAUUCAACUACAGCCUCGAUUAUGACAUCACGCGAUCAUCCGUUCAACAAUUCCCAGCGUCCUUUGUUGGCCGAUAGGAAACCACAAUUGUUGUUGACACAAAAUAACAACAAUAAUAAAAAGAAAAAUUCAACCACAAAUCAACAGAAUUCUUCUUCUCAAACUUCCUAUCAGCAACAGCAAUUGCUAAAGCAACAACAGCAAUACAACCAGCAGCAGCAACAACAACAACUUCAGUUGCAACAGGAAAAAUCUUAUAUCUCACCCUAUGUACAACAACAAAAACGUGAUAGUGUUAAAGGUUUGCAUGGCUUCAAUGAUUUCGAUAUUCUAUCCCAACAGUACAAUCAACACUUACAAUCACCUCACAUUGGUUAUCCCUAUGGCAGUCCACCAUCACCUACUCGCACUUCAACACACACAACAGCUACAGCGUCAUCCACAUCAGCCUUGCAAAAUAUUGCUGCCAACAAUACAACAGCAAUAACAACAACGGAUUUUGUAUUUGAUUCUUUGGCAACGACAUACGGCAACAAUAAACAACAGCAACAACAUCAACCAUUUGCUAGCAUUUCAACUGCCUUAACCUCAACACCACGUUAUGGUAAUAUCAACAAUUAUGGUUCUACAACUAGUGCCAAUGCCUUCUCAUCAUCAUCCACCUCCUCCAAUUCCACAACUAACAUCAUCUCGAACUCCUCACGACCAUGUUAUGAUGCUAAUGAUGCUGAUUAUUACACAGCAAGACCUUCAACGGAUGCAAUGUUGGGUAAAUCAUCUCGUUUUGAAGAUGAUUUUUGUAGUCGUCGUAAUCUAGACUUUUCUAAGAAUACUCAUCUUGAUGGCGGUGUCGUUGAACAUCAACAGCAGCAGCAGCAGCUACAGAGUGGUCCUUUUAUUUUUGGCAUGCCACCAGAACAACAAACUGAUUUUACACGUAUGCCUCAUGGUGGCCGCUCAUUUGGUGAUAUCUCCGAAGAUUCAGGCAUAACAAAAGAUGAUGAUAAAUACUCAGCCAAGAGAAUG